AAUGGACUACACUAAUUCAGAUUGUGAUGAAUUCAAAAAUAUUAAAGUUAUCCUCCUUGGAAACAGCGGAGUGGGCAAAACCACUAUCCUCUGGAAAUACAAUAACCCAAUAAUUUUUGGAGAUGAGAAGACCAAAAAUUCUGAGGGUGAUAUCAAGCCAACCAUCGGGUAUGAAUACAUCACUGUGAAAGAAAAGGUUGAAAAAUAGCACUGCAAAUGUACAUAUAUGGGAUACAACAGGCCAGGAUAGAUUCAACAGUAUCGCAUCAAAUUACUACAGAAGGUGAUCAGGUGCAAUCUGUGUUUAUGAUGUCACUGAUCGAGAAUCCUUCAAUUCUAUCCAAGACUGGGUUGACCAGCUUAAAAAUUACUCAGAUGAAGAGCCUGUAUUGCUUCUUAUAGGCAACAAGUGUGAUAAAUAAAGAAGAAAUUGAUGUAAUGCCAGAAGAAGGAGAAAGAUUGGCGAUCUCUCUGAAUGCUGCGUUCUAUGAAACAAGUGCUUUAACUGGAUUCAAUAUAGAAUGAAUUGAUAAAUUAAUUCAGGAGGUUUUAUCAACUCUCCACAAAAGGUCCAUGGUAAAAGAAGGUGAUACCUCUAUUCGCUCUAAAUAUCAAGGAGCAAGCUUCUUAUCAAUGAAAACCCAUACUACAAAACAUAAAGGAAAAACAAAGAAAAAUUGAGCAUGCUAAA